ACUUCCAGGUCCCAGAGAAGAUGUGAUCUUUUAUUUUAACCAAAGGGAAGCGCCAUGGAUACUGGACCAAGAAGGCCUGAGAAACUGUCCUCCAGAAGACGAAAUGGGACUUGAAAUGAAGGAAACUGCUGCAGACCUGAGCCUCUCUGUGGUAGAAAGUCACAAGCAAAGAUUCAUAAGUGAUGGUCCCUGUGACUUAUCUUGGAAAGAAAUCUUUGUGACACAUGACAUAAUCCACUCUGGAGAGAAGCAUUAUGAAUGUAACCAAUGUGGAAUGGCUUUUAGAUAUAAGAGAAGUCUCAUUAGACAUCAUGGGAUCCAUACUGGAGAGAAAUUGUAUGAAUGUAGGCAAUGUGGAAAGGCUUUUAUAAAAAGGAGAGCUCUUACUGUACAUCAGAGAAUCCACAUUGGACAGAGACCUUAUGAAUGUAAUGUAUGUGGAAAGGGUUUUAUGAAUAGAAGAGCUCUUACUUUACAUGAGAGAAUCCACACUGGGGAAAAACCUUAUGAAUGUCAGUUUUGUGAAAAGGCUUUUACAAAAAAGGAUACUCUUACUGUACAUCAGAGAAUCCAUACUGGAGAGAAACCUUAUGAAUGUAAGCAAUGUGGAAAGGGUUUUAGACAAAGGGGAAAUCUUACUACACAUGAGGCAAUCCACACUGUAGAGAAAUCAUUUGAAUGUAGCCAAUGUGGAAAGGCCUUUUGGCAAAUGGAACAUCUUACUGCACAUCAGAGAAUCCACACUGGACAGAAACCAUAUGAAUGUAAGCAGUGUGGAAGGGCUUUUGGGUAUAAGAGAAAUCUCACUAGACAUCAGAGGAUCCACACUGGAGAGAAACCUUGUGAAUGUAAGCAGUGUGGAAAGGCUUUUAUAGAAAUGCAUCCUUUUAAUGCACAUCAGAGAAUCCACAUUGGAGAGAACCCACAUGAAAGUAAGCAGUGUGAAAAGGAUUUUAGGCAAAAGGGAGCUCUUACUGUAUAUGAGGCGUUCCACACUGAAGAGAAACUAUAUGAAUGUAACCAAUGUGGAAAGGCCUUUAGGCAAAGGGGAGCUCUUACUGCACAUGAAGUAAUCCACACUGGUAAAAAACCACAUAAGUGUAAUCAAUGUGGAAAGGCCUUUAGGCAAAGGGGAGCUCUUACUGCACAUGAGGUAAUCCAUACUGGAGAGAAGCCAUAUAAAUGUAACCAAUGUGGAAAGGCCUUUAGGCAAAAGGGAGCUCUUAAUGCACAUGAGGCAAUCCACACUGGUGAGAAACCAUAUAAAUGUAACCAAUGUGGAAAGACCUUUAGGCAAAAGGGAGCUCUUACUGCACAUGGGGCAAUCCACACAGGAGAGAAACCUUAUGAAUGUAACGAGUGUGGAAAGGCCUUUAGGCAAAGGGGAGCUCUUACUGAACAUGAGGUAAUCCACACAGGAAAGAAACCUUAUGAAUGUAACCAGUGUGGAAAGGCUUUUAUAAAAAGCAGAGCUCUUACUAGACAUCAAAGAAUCCACAGUGGAGAGAAACCUUAUGAAUGUAACCAGUGUGGAAAGGCCUUUAGAUAUAAGGUAAGUCUUACUGGACAUCAGGGAGUCCACACUGGAGAGAAGCCUUACGAAUGUAACCAGUGUGGAAAAGGUUUUACAGACAAUAGAUCACUUAGUCAACAUCAGAGAAUCCACACUGAAGAGAAACCAUAUGCAUGUUAUCAGUGUGGAAAGGCCUUUAGGCAAAGGGGAGCUCUUACUGCACAUGAGGCAAUCCACACUGGAGAGAAACCAUAUAAAUGUAACCAAUGUGGAAAUACCUUUAGGUACAGGGGAGGUCUUACUGCACAUCAGAGAAUUCACACUGGAGAGAAAGCUUAUCAAUGUAACCAGUGUGAAAAGGCCUUUAGACAAAGGGGAGCUCUUACUGUACAUCAGAGAAUCCACACUGGAGAGAAACCUUAUGAAUGUAACCAGUGUAGAAAGACUUUUGGGUAUAAGAAAAGCCUUAUUGUACAUCAGAAAAGUCACACAGGAGAAUGUAUCGAAUAAGGAAUGGGCUUUAUAACAAACUCUGAAGAAAGUAAAGGUAUUAAAAUAAGGAGGAAAAUGAAUCAGAGAACAUUGGGAGAAGAUGCAGUGGUGCUGAUCCCGUCUAUAUUUUGCCUUUUUUAGCCAUAAUUCUAGCAGCAUAGGGAGGAAGGAAACGAAAGAUGACUAGGGAUAGCAAAUAGAUUCUUAUGCAUAUUGGAUCCUUCUUUUCCACUUGGUGACCUAUUUGAAAGGCAGCAUGAGAUAAUACAAAGAUCAUUAGAUUUGUAUUUAGAGAACAUGGUUUGAAAUUUGGGUUCUGAACCUCUGAUCUUGGGAAAGCAAUUUUACUUAAUGGGGUCUUGGAUCAUUUAAGUUAGAAUUAAGGUCUCAUCUGUUUCAAAAUUUUGGGGGAAAUCUGAGAAGUCAGAGGAGCUUGAAGAUGAACCCUACCCCUCCUGCCACAUAUUGCUGGGUCCUCAAUUUUGGAUUAGGUCUAAUAACUCAAGAUAACUUCACUAAGCCGUCUGCGUAUGACUGGAGUUUGGAGAGAGCAAUUUAGUAUGGGAAAUUCUAAACCUAGAUCAAUGUUGAAUCAUUCCUAAGUGAACAACUCUGCAAUUUCUUUUCAUUUAGGCAAAAAAUAAAAGUUAUUAAGAUUUUUUUUUAAAUAAAAGAUUUUAACUCAGA